AUGAACAACCUCAACUUUCGGUUUCACGCUGAUCGACGCCAACUUGGUGGCAUGUUGAUGGUCACAGGUUUCUGUGCUGUCAUCCAUCCCAUUGCCAACAUAGUCAAUGCCUUCAAUGCUGACGGAGCCCUCAACACAGAUCCCAGUACCAUUCCAUUCUGGGGAAUGGUAGGAGCUUUCUCCUUGUUCCUGAAUGGGGUAGCCUCAGUCAUUGUGGGAUUUGCUGCUUGUACCAUGGACUCAAGUCACAUUAUAGUCACAACAGUUUUGACUGCCAUCAAUCAGCUUUGUUGGAUUCCCUACAUCACCGACAUGACCAAUGUGGGAAAAAUGGCUAGCAGUGAUCCGGCCAAGCAAGGUUUGGUUCCAGCUGGGCAUAAUCCAACUGAGACUGAUGUCAAGUUUGUUGCCUCCAUUGGCGUGAUUGCCAUUGCUUGCUACGGUUUUGCCUAUGUUGGAUCCCUAUCCUUCAUGGCAUUUGGUCUUCACUCAAUGAACACCGGAAAAUAUGAUCAGCGCCCAUCUGGAUACUACAAGGGACGUUUGACCUUUUAUUCGCUUGUGCUCACCAUUGGAGGAGGAGCGCAGCUGGCACUUGGUGCCUACUCAGCAGCUGAAUUUGGAACAGGAGCCUUGGAAGAGGGAAGAAUCCGAGCUGCCAUGCUCAUAGUCAACUAUCCCGUUGUGUCCAUCUUGGUCGGGAGUAUUCAGGUACUUCAUGGCCUUUGGGGAAUUGCUCGCAGUUUUGGAGUUCACUCUGGUCCUCGUGACAAUAUCUAUCAGUUGUCUCUGGCAGGACAGUGGCUCAUUGUCCUUUGCUUCCAAGACAUCAUGCAACUUGCUUACUUUCCCUUGAAUGUGAUGACUCCCAUGGCAGCUGGAAUUGCUGCUAUUUCCUUUGGAAUCAACAUGAUGCCGGCAUAUUUGGAUGCCAAAAUGAGGAACACACCAGAGGAAAUCCCUGAAGGAUACUACAUUGAAGUUCCACAAAAGGACGUUCCUUCUAUCUCGUUUCCCCUGCAAGAGCAACCUAUCCAAGUCUCAACCCAUGACAUCGACAGCGUAACAAAGGUCAAGGAAGAACAUUGGACCUAA